AUGGCGACCCUCGCGACCGCUUCUCGUCUCUGCCUGCGCGCGGCUGCUAAGCCCGUUGCUCCCGCCGUCCGCGCCCUCAGCACCACCGCCGUUCGUACCGACAGCGCGUCCGCCUCUGGAUACUCCAGCCCCUUCAAGUUCCAAGGAGAGUCCAAGGGCUCCCAGAUCCCCGAUUUCGGAAAGUACGUCUCUACUGGCAGCGAGGGCAAGAACAAGCUCUACUCGUACUUCAUGGUUGGCGCUCUCGGUGCCGUCAGUGCUGCUGGUGCCAAGAGCACAGUUCAGGAGUUCCUGGUCAACAUGUCCGCUUCCGCCGACGUUCUGGCCAUGGCCAAGGUCGAGGUUGACCUUGCCUCUAUCCCCGAGGGCAAGAACGUUAUCAUUAAGUGGCGAGGCAAGCCCGUCUUCAUCCGACACCGAACCCAGGACGAGAUCGACCAGGCCAACAAGGUCAACAUCUCUUCUCUCCGAGAUCCCGAGGAGGACAGCGCCCGUGCCAGACAGCCUGAGUGGCUUGUCAUGUUGGGUGUCUGCACCCACUUGGGUUGUGUGCCCAUUGGCGAGGCUGGUGACUACGGCGGUUGGUUCUGCCCUUGCCACGGUUCUCACUACGACAUCUCCGGCCGAAUAAGAAAGGGACCCGCCCCUCUCAACCUCGAGAUUCCCGAGUACGAUUUCCCUGAGGAGGGCAAGCUUGUCAUCGGCUAA